AUGACCACCACAACCCCACCAUCCUGCCGAAAGCCCCAAAUUAGCAUCAUCGGCUCCCUAAAUAUCGACUUCGUAACAGCAACCCCGCGCUGCCCCGGACCCGGCGAAACCCUCACAGCAACCUCCCUGACCGUCUCAGCGGGCGGUAAAGGCGGAAACCAAGCUGUAGCCUGCGGCCGCUCCUCUUUCACAUCCCCAACAACCCAAGAUGUAUCAGUGAACAUGAUCGGCGCCGUCGGAGCCGGUGAUCCUUACUAUACGACCCUUCUACAACCCGCGCUGGAGAAAUCCGGCGUCGAUACAACAUCCAUCGAACAAUCGACUGUCGCGCAGACGGGGUCUGCAACCAUUAUCGUGGAAGAAGCUAUCGGCGGCGAGAAUAGGAUUCUCGUCGUUCCUGGCGCAAACCAUGCCGGAAUGCUGAGUUCCGUGGAGAAUAUUCUUACUGCGCUCAAGAGCCAGCCUAAACCCGAUAUCGUCGUUUUGCAAGGCGAGAUUCCCCGCACCACGACGCUGGAUUUGUUGAAAUAUUUCAAUGAUACAUCUAUCGAGGACCGCGCCAAAGUGGUGUUCAAUCCCGCCCCUGUGUUCCCAGAGGGUAUUCCGCUUUCAGCGCUGCAAGGGACUGCCGUGCUUAUUAUGAAUGAGACAGAGGUUGUGCAGAUGGCGAGGUCAAUCGAGGGUCUUCCUAUUGGGGAUGUUGUUGAGAGUGAUGAUUUACAGCCUGAAGGGUUGGCACCGCGGUUCCAUGAGCUAGCGGGCGUUGAUAUCGUUCUGAUUACUCUUGGUGCGAAAGGGGUUUAUUUCUCGACAAAGAGCGGCCGUACUGGUAUUGUUGCUGGUGUUAAGGUUGCGAAGGUUGUUGAUACCACCGCAGCUGGGGAUACGUUUGUUGGGUAUUUUGCGACUGCUGUGGCGCGUUUCUUGGCCACCGGACAGAGCUUGGAGGCGUUUGAUGAUGAUGUCGAGGAUGCAGUUUCAACGGCGAAUGCUGCUGCUGCUAUGUGUGUACAGACACGAGGUGCUAUGCAGAGUAUUCCCUUUGCAUACGAUAUGGAAUAA